AUGCGUGCCAUAACUCAAGAGGAAGUAGAACAGCUUGUUAAUUUGUGGGUCGAAGAGAUCGACAAUAAACUAGAGGAGUUGCUAGGGGAACAGGAAGGGUCGAGUGUCGGGAUAGAGUUGAUUUUGGGGUUUUACAUAAAUGUGGCCCUCAUCGAACACCCAAUUCGACUGGGUUCAUUCAUAGAUUACCCGGCCAAGUUACGGGGCAAAGGCCACGUAUUCAACCCCCGAGGGGAAGCCAAUAUUUUCCUUAUGCAGUGCAUCGCAGUGCACAAAUGUUUGGCCCGCGGGCUCCUUUAUAACGACAUCAAAACUCGGGCCAAAUCUGGGCGAUGGUGUCGCCGACAAGUAAGAUGGAGUAAUAAUAUAGGCACCCCGGUAUCUUUUGACGACAUCGCCAAAGUCGAAGAUUUAAACAGGUCUUCUAUAUUUAUUUAUGUUCUGGUAAAAGGAGAUAAUGGUCGUCAUUACAUUAGUUUGGCUAGAAAAGGCCGUGGGAAUUUUAAGGAUGUCAUAUCUUUACUUAUGCUGGAAGGCCAACAUUUGGUCCUCAUCAAGAACUUUACCAAAUAUGUGCGUAAUAUGAGGUCUCAUUCGGAAAACAUCCCAGCUGAUUAUGACUUUUGUCACAGCUGCCUCAUCGCCCUCCCACCCCAUCAAAUGCUCGAGCAUGAAUCAACUUGCGAGGUCAAACAAACGUUGCAUUUUCCUCCCCCUGAAAAGAAAAUAGAGUUUAAACAUUUCGGGCGAGCGUACGGGCCAAGCCACACGUGUUACUACGAUUUUGAGUGCGCCCUGCAAAAGGAUAGGCCACAGGGCAUAAUCGAAGCACGUCACAGGGCCAUUGCAUAUGCGUACAUAAUCAUAGACCGUCGCUAUAAUAUCGUAGAAAAAGAUUUCUACCUCGGGCCUAAUUCUGCAACCCAUUUUGUUAAUAAACUAUCCUCCUCGUGGGCCAGAAUAACGCGAGAACAGCCAUAUUACCAUCUGCACAUGUCCAAUGAGCAAAGGGAAAGUUACAAGAGUCAGACCAUGUGCGAGAUAUGCGACGAACCUUUCGGGCCCAAAAUCGUCAAAAAUAGACACCACGACCAUUCACUGAGCGAACAUAAUUACUUAGCCGCCCUAUGCUCUCGCUGCAAUCUCCAGUGCAAAGAUGGCUACAAAUACUUGCACGCAUUUUCACAUAAUGCGGCGUAUGAUUUAGGGGUUUUGUUAAACGAGUUAGGAAACGUGCCCAAACGCAACGUAGACAUUAUGUCCAAAGACGGGUAUAAAUUUAUGAAAGUUGACAUUGACUUUCUUAGAUUUAUGGACAGCUUAGCCUUGCUCAAUGGGUCGUUGGUCAAAUUAGCCAAGGAACACAUCGACAGUGGCAAACCUACGACGUUCACUCUCGCCAUGUUAGAUAAGGUCCCUGCUGAGACCCAUAAUUUAUUGUUAACUGGCAAACAGUCCUUUUGUUAUGAUUACGUGUCAAAUUGGGAUGUAUUAAAUGAACCGCGGCUCCCCCCCAGAGAUGCAUUUUUCAAUACCUUGACGCAGGAAGAGCUCCCUGAAAAAGAAUACAAACAAGCGUUGGAGGUUUUUAAAUUAGCCAAAUGCCGCAAUAUUGGCGAAUAUCUCGUCUUGUAUUUAAAAGUUGAUACUGGCAUUUUAGCAGACAUUUUCACGGUGUGGCGACGCACUAUGUUAGAUCUUUAUAGAUUAGAUAUUGCAUAUUACCUCUUUAUCUAG